GGCCGCCGGGCGCUGCAGGAGGCGGACGAGGCGACGCCCGUGUUCCGCUACGUGGGGCAGCGUGCGCGGCGCGCGGAGCGCGUCUUCGUCUGGGGCUUUUGCUACGCGGGCGCCCUGGGCGUGCCCAGCUUCGUGCGGCCCAAAGCGUCCUGGAAGAGGCCCCGUCGCGUGCAGAAUACGCCCUACCGGCUCCUCACUGCGGACAAGAUCUCGUCAGCAGCCUGCGGCUAUGGCUUCACCUUGCUCUCCUCCAGAACCGCUGACAUCACCAAAGUGUGGGGCAUGGGGCUGAACAAGGACUCGCAGCUCGGCUUCCAGAGGAGCCGGAAGGACCGAACAAAAAGCUACCACUAUGUCUUGGAGCCGUCUCCUAUUCCAUUGCCACUGGAGAAGCCCCAGGAGACUCGAGUGUUGCAGGUCUCCUGUGGGAGAGCCCAUUCCCUCAUCCUGACGGACCACGAAGGAGUCUUCAGCAUGGGAAACAACUCGUACGGGCAGUGUGGUCGAGCAAUAGUUGAAGGUGAAAUUUAUAGUGACAGCCACGUGAUAAAUCGACUGCAAGAGUUUGAUGGAAGAGUUGUGCAGGUUGUUUGUGGUCAGGAUCACAGUCUGUUUAGGACAGAGAAAGGAGAGAUCUAUUCCUGUGGAUGGGGAGCCGAUGGACAAACAGGUCUAGGGCACUACGAUGUUUCCAGUGUUCCCACCAAGCUAGGUGGAGAUGUCGCUGGAGUCAACAUCAUCCAGGUUGCCUCCUACGCUGAUUGCUGUCUGGCUGUUUCUGAUGAAGGAGACCUCUUCGGGUGGGGAAACUCGGAGUACCUGCAACUAGCGUGCGUCAUAGAGACAACGCAGGUGAAUGUCCCCAGGCACUUACCAUUCAAGAUUGGGAAGGUAAAGGAGGCUGCGUGUGGAGGAACCGGCAAUGCUGUUCUGAAUGAGGAAGGAAAUGUCUUUGUGUGGGGAUACGGAAUCCUUGGGAAAGGACCAAACCUUCUGGAAACAGCAACUCCAGAAAUGAUCCCUCCCACUCUCUUUGGCUCGUCAGAUGUUCGUGUUAAGCACCUUUGCUGUGGACUUAGCCACUUUGCGGCACUUAAUGAGAGAGGAGAGCUGUUUGUCUGGGGCAAGAAUAUUAGAGGGUGCUUGGGAAUUGGAAGAAUGGAAGACCAGUAUUUUCCCUGGAGGGUGACGAUACCAGGGGAGGUGGUGGCUGUGGCAUGUGGAGUGGAUCACAUGGUAACUCUGGUGAAAUCAUGGAUCUAAUGGAACUUGUGCAGGCUUGAGCCAGCAGAGAAAAUAAAGAUAUUCUAACCCGUCCUUGCUGCAAGCAUUUUAUUCCUCUUCUAGAAAACCUGGAGCAGGGAAGGGGCUCUUGGUUGUUGGACACUUCACUGCAGCUGUGGGAGCCUGGUUCAUACAACUUCCAAGGAUAUAUAGUUUUAAAGACAGAGAGGACUGCUGUAUUCUGGUUUUUUGGGGGGGGUUUGUUUUUCCUUUAUUUCCUUAUUUCUUUACACUCUCCACAAAGAAACCAGCCCUUCCACCCCAGUUCCUCUGGAGAAGCUCUUGCUAAAGCUGCAGCGUGCACAAUCUGCCUGUCUGCGGGCAGUUCCUCUCACAUCAGCAAGGUUAUGGUUUUUUUUGCUUUGGAACUGAACAGCAGGGCUCUAAGUUCAGCAAUUCUUAAAAAGAGCUGUUUAUGCUCAUGUCUUUUUUUUUUUUUUUCACUUCAACCUCUCCAGAAUCAGAUUAUC